AUGUUGGAACACAUCACGAAGUGGCUAUUCGUCGAGGAGGUCUUCUACAUGUUCGUGCAUUUCACACUAAAGCAAGCCUUCCUGGUGUUCUAUCUACGUCUCUCGCCGAGAAAAGACUUUCGUCUCGCUGUGUACGGAACAGUAGCCAUGUGCACGAUUUUUCUUGGGGUUGAGUGGAUGUUGGCAUUCCUGCAAGCCCGGCCACUGCAGGCAAUGUUCCACCCCGAAGCCUACCCGAAUGCCAAAUUCCUCAGCCAAUACGUGGUGCAAAUGGUCCCGACCGCGCUGAACGCAUUUUCCGAUAUUAUCAUUCUGUUACUACCCAUUCCCACCAUACUCAAAUUGCAAAUGAGUACGCGGCGAAAAGCAGUCGUCGUUGGAAUUAUCUGCUUUGGAUCAUUAUCGGUGGUGACCGCGCUAUGUCGCUUUGUCGUCCAAAAACAACUCAUUGCCGACCAAGAUACGCCUCUGGUUAUGGGAAGGAUGAUCAUUGUUGCAGCCAUUGAGAUUCAAAUUGCGGUCAUUGCGGUCAAUCUUCCCGCGCUCCGAUCGCUUUUCACCAAACUAGUGGGAAGCUCCCAUGACCCUGCCAGCUACGGUCAAGCAGACGCACACAGACUAUCUAGCUUGAAAAGCAGUGAUAAUCGCCAGCUAAAGGGGGUUUUUGGUGGGUCGCGGAAGCCGAAUCACGCCCUGGGCGCUACGUUGACCGGGUCGGAGGAGGAACUCAUGCGACAAGGGGAAAAUAUGAAAGGGAUCUAUGUUAGUACCAAUGUCAAUAUAAGCAUUGGUAACAGCUGA